AUGAAGAGCGUUAAUACAAGAUUUGGUGGGAAGAGGAAUGAUAGGAUGGAUGCGAAGGGAAGAAUGAACAAGAGGGAAGUGCGAGGGAAGGAGAGGAUGCAGAACAAGAAGAAAGGCAGUGCACUGAAGGGAGGCGAUAAGAGAGUGUUGGUUGAGGCGCAUCCGAGGUUUGCAGGGAUAUAUGUUUCGCGAGGCAAGGAGGAUUUGCUGCUUACGAAGAACAUGGUACCUGGUGUGAGUGUGUAUGGAGAGAAGAGGGUUGUAGUUGAAUGUGAUGGAGAGAAGGUUGAGUAUAGGAUGUGGAAUGCAUAUAGAAGCAAGCUUGCAGCAGGGAUAGUAUGUGGGGUGAAGGACAUACAUAUUGGGCCGGGGAGCAAAGUGCUGUAUCUGGGAGCGUCAUCUGGGACGACUGUUUCGCAUGUAUCUGACAUUGUUGGCAAGGAGGGGGUGGUGUAUGCAGUUGAGUUUAGCGAGAGGUCUGGACGGGACUUGGUGAACAUGUGUAUGAAAAGGACGAAUGUGGUGCCGAUCAUAGAAGAUGCAAGGCAUCCGUCGAGGUAUAGAAUGCUUGUGCCGAUGGUUGACUGUAUUUUUUCCGAUGUGUCGCAGCCAGACCAGACCAGGAUUGUUGGAUUGAAUGCACAGUAUUUUUUGAAGGAAAGCGGAGGAGUUGAUGUGUCUAUCAAGGCCAACUGUGUGAAUUCGGCAGUACCGGCAGAGACUGUGUUCGCGGACGAAGUGAAUGUGCUGAGGAAAUGUGGCAUAAGGCCGAAGGAGCAGGUGACGCUUGAUCCGUUUGAGAAGGGCCAUGCGGUUAUUGUUGGAGUGUUCAAGAGUAGCAAGCCAUCAGAAAAGUGA